AUGAAUCGUUUGCUGGCGAUUGCUGCCGUCGAUGGCACAUUCCGUAGGCGGUUAUCGUGGAAUGGACGGGAUAAAUAUAGUAUGAUUACCAGCAACGAUGACCCGAACGAGGUGCAUCUGGAUGAUGAAAUUGAGCGCGUCUUCGGUACGGCUGCCGAGAAGGAACGUUUCGAACUGAACCGCCUGCAGGACGAAGUCAUCCUGGACAACUCGCCGCUCAAGUACGACGAAGCGCAACGCGUUCCGGACAGCGCGGACCGCCAAAUGCAUCAGGACACCACCUCGAGUGCCAGCAACACUAGCAACAACAACAACAACAGCAAACCGACCAACACCAGCAAUGAGGGCCGCAAACCGGCAUCAUCACCGCCGACCACCACCCCGACCAGCCCGAUCUCGUUCUCGUCCAAGAGCGAGACGACGGACACGAAACCCUCGACGGCCAACAACACCACGCUAGCGGACAACACGUCGAACGACUUCAGCGAAACCGUACACGAUGAGCCGGUGGUCGAUCAGGGCACGGUACAGGGUGAACAGUGGGAUACGAACGCUAGGAGAAAUGUGCACUUCGACAAGGACAACAAGGGUGCGCAGAUCGAGGGCCUACCGAUAGAGGACACCAACGAGGAGCGCCGCCGACGCACGGAGAAAUUUCUACAAAGCAAACCCGUCCGUAGUAAAAGACGCCAUCAUCCGCACAAAUCGCGGAAGUUCUCGCUGCAGGAGUACCACCCGGAAUGGAGACGGCAGAGCGGUACCGAGGGUGGUCCGACCGGGCGUCGCAUCUCGGUGCAGCCGGAGGAUGCCACCCUGCAGGAGGCGGACAUCGACGAGCUGACGUCGCAUCGGUCGGACGAUCCACGGGCGCUGCGCCGCCACAAGGUGAGCGCCCAGUCCGGCACGUCCCUGGUGAACAUCAAUCGCAAGGAGGCGCCGCAGCUGCACCACCUGCUGCCGAACAGCAAGUACAAGAAGAUGUACGACCACAGCCCGCACGAGGUGUUCGUGCAGCUGGACGAGCUGACGGGCAGUGGGGAGGAGCGGGAAUGGAAGGAGACGGCCCGCUGGAUCAAGUACGAGGAGGACGUCGAGGAGGGUGCCGAUCGGUGGGGCCGUCCGCACGUUGCCUCCCUGUCGUUCCACUCGCUGCUGAAUCUGCGCCGCUGCCUCGAGACGGGUGUCGUGCUGAUGGAUCUCGAGGAGAAAGAUCUACCCUCGGUCGCUUACAGAGUCGUGGAGCAGAUGGUCAUCGACGAGCUGAUCCAUGAGGAUGAUAAGGCGGUCAUCAUGCGGGCCCUGCUGCUGCGCCACCGGCACGUCAACGAAAGCUCGCACGGUGGGUUCUCGUUCGCUCCCAAGCGGAAGUACAGCAGCUACACGAGUCUGCAGUCACUGUCGAUGCGCCCCGAGGACGGUGGCAAUGGUGAGGUGAUCGUAGGCGUUAGGCGGUUGAAUUCCUUCGUAAGCCCUACCCAAAGCUACACGCUCAGUCCGCCCUCGCUGCACCCGGGCUCGGUGUACGGCCAGAGCCCGAACCUUUCCUCCCGCAACCAGCUGCCGCCCGCCCAGCAGCACCCAACGCAGAAGGAAUCCCGUCAUCAGCGGCACGGAGCGAACCAUGGCCGGUGCCGGCGGUCCGGGAGCCAGGACAGCAGCAGUACGGCAACGGCGGCGGCAGCGUCCGCCGCAGCAGCACCGGUGACCCUAACCACGGUCCCCAGUGCCGUUGGUAUGCGACGAAAUAACUCACCUUUAUCGCUGACAGUUAGUGUCGACGAUAAGAAACCGCGGAUUGUUCCGGCGACCGAAAUCAACGGGCACCACGGGGGCCAUGGUGAGACGCGGAUCAACAUCAGCGAGGAAACGUACACCUCCUCGCAGGAAGACAUCAAGAUGCGCACGCAGAAGGAAUCGAUCCUGAAGCGCAUACCCGAGGGUGCCGAGGCGACGACCGUGCUCGUCGGUGCGGUUGACUUUCUCGAGCAGCCAACGAUCGCGUUCGUGCGGCUGGCGGAGGGCAUUCCGAUGCCGAGCAUUACGGAAGUGCCGAUCCCGGUGCGCUUCCUGUUCAUCCUGCUCGGCCCGCAAAAGACCGAGCUGGACUACCACGAGGUGGGCCGGUCGAUCGCAACGCUCAUGUCGAACGAGCAUUUCCACGACAUCGCCUACAAGGCGGACGACCGGCGCGAACUGCUGUCCGCGAUCAACGAGUUCCUGGACGAUUCGAUCGUGCUGCCGCCGGGCAAAUGGGAACGCCAGGCGUUGCUGCCGUUCGAGGAGCUGAAGGCCAAAAGUGAUAUGAUCCGGCUGCGCAAGAAGAAGGCACUGGACGAGAAGAUCAAGAGCAAGCAACCGCAGCUGCUGACGAGCGAGGAGGAGAAGAAGCUGCUGGCCUCGAGCGGCGGUGACGGCGGGGGGAAGAAACCACCGAAGAACCCGCUCGAGAAGACCAACCGUUUUUGGGGUGGUUUGAUCAACGACAUCAAGCGUCGGUACCCGAUGUACAAGAGCGACAUCAUGGAUGGGCUCAACACGGAGACACUGGCCGCGACCAUCUUCAUGUACUUUGCGGCCCUCUCCACCGCCAUCACGUUCGGCGGGUUGUCCUCCGACAAGACGCACAACCUGAUCGGCAUCUCGGAAACGCUUGUGUCCGCCUCGAUGGUGGGUCUGGUGUUUCAUCUGCUCGCCGGCCAACCGUUGGUCAUCAUCGGCACGACUGGUCCGCUGCUGCUGUUCGACGAGGCGCUGAAUCAGUUCUGCAUCUCGAACGACUUCAACUUCCUGACGGUCCGCGUGUACGUCGGGUGUUGGCUGGCCGUGAUCGCGCUGGUUGUUUCCGCCUUCGAAGGCAGCGUGUACGUGCGAUUGUUCACGCGCUUCACGCAGGAAAUCUUCUCCGCGCUCAUCACGCUGAUCUACAUCGUCGAAACGGUGAUGAAGUUGAUAUCGGUGUACGCGCGACAUCCGCUGCUGGCCGAGUAUCUCUACAAGAACGUCACCGAACCGCAACCACUACCGAUGCCGUACCUGGAGGACGGCAACAGUACGACGACGGCCGGUUUGCUCGCGGAGAGUCUUACGACGGUGGUGAACGAAACGUUGGGCAUUCCUACGGAUGCGGACAAUCUGCUCAUUCCGAAGGACAACAUUGGGCCCCGUAACCGACCCAACACCGCACUCUUCUGCACCAUCCUUACGCUGGGUACGUUCUCGUUGGCCUACUACCUGAAGCUGUUCCGCAACUCGCACUUCCUCGGACGGAACGCGCGACGCGCGCUCGGCGACUUCGGAGUGCCGAUCUCCAUCGCCCUGUUCGUGCUGAUAGACUACAUGAUCCCGGAGGUGUACACGGAAAAGCUGAGCGUACCGGAGGGACUGUCGCCGAGCGAUCAAACUCGCCGUGGAUGGAUCAUUCCGCUCGGUGGCGUCCCCGGCUGGUUGCCGUUCGUUGCUGGAAUUCCUGCCCUGCUGGUGUACAUUCUGAUCUUCAUGGAGACGCACAUUUCCGAGCUGAUCGUGGACAAACCGGAGCGAGGUCUGAAGAAGGGGUCCGGUUUGCACAUGGACAUUGUGUUGCUGUGCUUCCUCAACACGGUCUGUGGGUUCUUCGGGAUGCCGUGGCACUGUGCUGCUACGGUACGUUCGGUGACGCACGUGUCAGCCGUCACUAUUAUGUCGAGAACACAUGCUCCAGGAGAUUCACCACACAUUACGGACGUGAAGGAGCAAAGAAUUUCGGGCUUUUUCGUGUCGCUCAUGGUGGGUCUAUCAGUGACGAUGGCACCGAUCUUGCGCUUGAUCCCGAUGUCAGUCCUGUUCGGUGUGUUCUUGUACAUGGGCAUAGCUUCCAUGAGUGGAGUCCAGUUCUUUGAACGAUUGCGGCUCUACCUGAUGCCGGUGAAGCAUCAUCCGCAAGUGCCAUUUGUGCGGCGAGUACCGACAUGGAAGAUGCAUCUGUUCACCUUCGUACAGAUAUUGGCGCUGGCCAUGCUGUGGGCCGUCAAAUCGUCACCCUUUUCACUGGCAUUCCCCUUCUUCCUGAUCAUGAUGGUACCGAUACGGAAGCAGUUGGAAAGUGUCUUUUCUCCGCUCGAGCUCCGUGCGCUUGACGGCAGUCAACCGAACGAAGGUGCAGAGGAUGAACCCGAUUUCUACGAACAGGCCCCCAUUCCUGCUUAA